AUGAAAAGCUCCCAGUCUUGGUAUGUUGAAGAGGGAGUCGAGUGUUCGGGGGAGGACUCCUGUGGUCGAGGGUCGGCUGUGGUUGACUGUGCCCCCAGGGACCCAGAGCUGCCCGGCGGAGGCGCCUCGCACCAGCCCCAAAUGGAUGUGGAGCCGGACGUGGACUUGGACGUGGAUUUGGACGUGUACUUGAUUGAGCAAGGAGCCGGUGGGGUGGGGGCUGGCCUACAGAACCUGGGCAACACUUGCUAUGUGAAUGCGGCUCUGCAAUGCCUGACGCACACCAGGCCCCUGGCAUGGGCUCUGCAGUGGCGGCUGCGGCGGCAGAGGCAGGAGCAGGGCUGGGCCGGCUGCUGCCCUGAGCAGCCCAGCUGCGCCCUGUGCGCCCUGCAGGCCCACGUGGCCCGCGCCCUGCUGCAACCUGGGCAGGUGCUGUGGCCCCCACCAGCUCUACUGUGUGGGUUCCACCGCCAGCGGCAGGAAGAUGCCCACGAAUAUCUGCUGCACACGCUGGAUGCCCUGACGCGCGCCUGCGCCCCCUCGCACACGCACACGCACACGCACACGCGCAGCACCAGCUCCGAGGACUCCGGGCUGGUGCCCAGCAUCUUCGGCGGGCUGUGGAGGUCUCAGAUUCGCUGCCUCCACUGCCACUCAGUGUCCGAGACCUUCGAACCCUACCUGGACAUCGUCCUCAACAUCCAGGCCGCCUGCAGUGUGGAGGAAGCUCUGCAAGAGCUGGUGAAGCCCGAGCGCCUGGACGGGGACAACGCCUAUGAGUGCGGACGCUGCCAACACAGGAGAGCCGCCGCCAAGACCUCGAGCCUGCACAGCCCUUCGCGGGUGCUCGUGCUGGCCCUGCAGCGCUUCUGCCCCUGGAGCCACAGCAAAGACGCCAAGGCCGUGGCCUACCCGCAGGAGCUGGACCUGCGCGCAUACACGUCGCAGCCGCAGGGGCCGCCUCUGCUCUACGGCCUCUACGCCGUGCUGGUGCACGCCGGCUGCUCGCCCCACAGCGGACACUACCUGGCCUAUGUGCAGAGCGCCCAAGGACUCUGGUAUCAGAUGGACGACGCUCGGGUCACCGCCUGCCACGCGGCCUCUGCCCUCAGCCAGCAGGCCUACGUCCUCUUUUACCUGCGCAAGACACAGCGACCCCAGCCGCAGCCGCAGCAGGAGGAGGAGUUCUGGGCUUCCUGCCGCCCGGCACCAGAACCAGCCCGCCCUGUCCAGCCCAGUGCACAGCCUGGCCUGCAGACCAGCCCCGAUGAGCCCCCGAGAGACCAACGCCUUCCCAGGCUGCAUCCGUCCCCGCAGGGGCCAUGCCAGCCAACGCCACCUGCACAGAUGACUUUGGACCAGUGGAGAACUCUCCAGGAACACAAGCGGCCCACGACCCACCUGCAGCUCAGGACAAUCCCAGGUGACCUGCCUGCCCAGGCCAUGCUCAUCCACCCCUCCACAGGAGGCAAGGCCAGGGCCAGGCAACACAGCCCUUCCUCCUCAAAGGAGAACACCGCCCCCACUGCUGAACCCGCCCACACUGCCUCUGAGGCCACCACUGCUCCAGCCACUGCCAGAGCCACCAAGAGGAGGAACAAGAAGGCCCACAAGAAGAUGCUGCUCACCUUGCCCAGCCCUCAGCCCUGCCAUGCCUAUAGGUGCUGA